AUGGCAUCCAGCAAGUCGAAGCGGGACGUGACCGACGUCGCCAAGGCCGAGAAGAAGGAGAAGCGCCGCAGCGAGUCGGACGGCGUGCACAAGUCCAAGAAGGACAAGAAGGACAAGAAGUCGAAGAAGGAGAAGCUCGUCCAGGCCCUCGACGAGCACCUGCAGGCCUCGGCCGCCGCCAACGACGACGACGAGGACGACGUCCCCAUGAAGGGCGCCGCGGCUGCCGCCGACGAUAGCGACGCCGAGGACGCGGCGGCGGCGGAGGGCGGCGCCGUCGUCAAGGGCGCGCUGGUCGACUUUGCGCUGCCCAUGGCGUCGGACAAGCACCAGAAGAAGAUCUACAAGGCCGUCAAGAAGGCCGCCAAGUCCCACGCCCUCCUCCGCGGCGUAAAGGAGGUCAACAAGGCCCUCCGCAAGGCCCCCGCCAAGACCCCCUCCACGGCCGACAAGAUCCCCGGCAUCGUCAUCGUGGCCGGCGACAUCAGCCCCGCCGAGGUCAUCAUGCACCUGCCCGUCGCCUGCGAGGAGGUCAACGCGCCCUACAUCUUCGUCGCCUCGCGCGCCGAGCUCGGCGCCGCCGCCAAGACCAAGAGGCCGACCUCGGUCGUCAUGCUGCUGCCCCAGGGCCGCAGCAAGAAGGCCGCCGAGGAGGGCAGCAAGGAGGACGCCAGCGAGUACGCCGAGGCGUACGCCGAGCUCGUCAAGAUGGUGCAGAAGGAGUUUGCCAAGCAGAUGAAGGGUCGGAUCUAA